UCAAGGGCCUUCAGUCUUCACUCUUUUCUCACAAGUUAGCUGCUACAGCCUACAGGUAGAGCAAGAGGAGGAGAAACAGGGGAAGAAGGGCGGGGAUAAUGUUGUUAACAUUUACAGAAGCAGCAAUUCCAUCAACUUCUUCUUUCAUCUCAUUUUCUCUCUCUUCCCCUCCCAAAUUUAAUCGCAAACCCAGAAAUUUUAGCCUACGCACCAAACCCACUUCAUGGAUAUCUGCUUCUCUCUCCUCCACCACAACACCCAGCUGUGAAAGCUCAGUGUUUGAUCCAUUGGGUAUAGAGAAAGAUAAGUCAUGGGAUGUAGCUGGUACCUGGGAUGGUGUUCUGAGGUUUGUUUCACAGACUUUUGAGAGUACUUCAGGUACAAGAAAAGACAGAACAUCAUCGGGUCGUGGAGUUGCAGCUGCAAUUGAGGAUAGUUCCAUUGAUUUCGGGGACUUCUUUAAAGGCCCAUUACCUGGGAAAUUUCUGAAAUUGUUGGGGUUAUUGGCAUUGUCUCGACUUGGGAUAUAUGUGCCUCUUGGUGGUGUGAAUCGAGAGGCUUUUGUGGGUAACUUGGAUCAGAACAGUUUCAUUAGUACUUUGGACUCGUUUUCUGGGGGUGGCAUUGGACGGCUUGGGAUAUGCUCUCUUGGAAUUGUCCCCUUUAUUAAUGCACAAAUUGUGUUCCAACUCCUUGCCCAAGUCUACCCCAAGUUGCAAGAUCUCCAGAAAAAAGAAGGUGAAGCGGGGAGGAAGAAAAUUCAACAGUAUACCCGUUAUGCUUCAGUGGGGUUUGCUUUAGUGCAGGCAAUUGGCCAAGUGCUUUUUCUUCGUCCUUAUGUCAAUGACUUCAGUACCGAAUGGGUUCUUUCAUCAGUUAUCCUGUUGACACUUGGUUCAGCAUUGACAACAUACCUUGGUGAACGUAUCUCUGACCUGAAACUUGGAAAUGGUACAUCUCUAUUGAUCUUCACCAAUAUCAUCUCAUAUUUACCAGCAUCUUUUGGAAGGACCUUUGCUCAGGCAUAUCAAGAUGGGAAUUAUACUGGCCUUGCCAUCAUAGUAGUAUCAUUCGUGUCAUUGGUGUUCGGUAUUGUAUAUGUUCAGGAAGCAGAGAGGAAAAUUCCAAUGAACUAUGCAUCAAGAUACUCUAGUAGGAGUGGAGGACUUCAAAAAUCUGCUUAUCUGCCCUUCAAGGUGAACAGUGCUGGAGUAAUGCCUAUUAUAUUCUCGACAUCAUCAUUGGCCCUUCCAGCUACACUUGCACGCUUCACUGGUUUAAAUGUCCUUAAGAAAGCUGCUGUUGCUUUGACUCCUGGAGGUUCUUUCUAUAUUCCAACGAACAUCAUACUGAUAGCCUUUUUCAAUUAUUAUUACACUUUCUUGCAAUUGGAUCCUGAUGAUGUAAGCGAGCAACUGAAGCGUCAAGGUGCAUCUAUUCCACUAGUCCGGCCUGGUAGGAGUACGGCUGCAUUCAUUAAGACGGUUCUUAGUCGCAUAUCAGUCCUUGGUUCAUUUUUCUUGGCAGUACUAGCUGCAGGUCCAGCUGUAGUUGAACAAGUCACUCAUCUCACUGCAUUCCGGGGGUUUGCUGGCACGUCUGUCCUCAUCCUUGUUGGUUGUGCAACAGACACCGCAAGAAAGGUUCAAGCCGAGUUAAUUUCUCAGAAGUAUAAGAACAUUGAGUUUUAUGAUCUUGACAAGUAGAAUUCUUGAAGAACAAGGUCUGAGGAUAUGAAUUGGAAAGAUUUCUUUGGUGUAGAUAUGCUUGCUGUGUAUCUCCUCAGUUAGAUCACGCAACACUUAGCCUUGUACUAUUCAAGUUUUUUUGGUCCAUAUAUAUAUCUGAAAUUUUCCAAUUGAGCCUGAGUUGCAAUCUACGAGAGUAUGGGCACGGACACCAUUGAAAGGCGAAAGCUCAAAAAUUACACAGAACGACUCGAGUAUUAUAUAAGGCUUGCUAACACUUCUUUGUAUGAUAAAAUGCUAUUGUUGUGAUACACUUUUAAGAAUUCUGUUAAGGUAAAAGUACACUGGUGAUGUAAAUUGACAUGUAAUUUUUGUUUGAUAUUAUAAAAUACAUGUAGAUUGAAAUUAUGAAAUGACAUUUACGUUGAAUA